AUGGAGGAACGUACUGGAAUAGAAAAAAAUUAUGGUGGAUGCGAGGGACCGGAUGCGAUGUACGUGAAGCUCAUCUCGUCCGAUGGGCACGAAUUUAUUGUUAAGCGCGAACACGCUCUAACCUCCGGUACGAUCAAGGCCAUGCUCUCCGGUCCGGGCCAAUUCGCCGAGAACGAAGCGAAUGAAGUAAACUUUAGAGAAAUACCUUCGCACGUCCUCGAGAAAGUCUGCAUGUACUUCACUUACAAAGUGCGAUACACGAACAGUUCGACGGAAAUACCGGAAUUCCCAAUCGCACCGGAGAUUGCAUUGGAGUUACUGAUGGCCGCUAACUUUCUCGACUGCUAG